CACACAUGCGCGGUGUGUGACAGAAACGGGUCGCAUACUCCCUUCAACGGUAUCCUCGCAGUGUGGAGAGUCGUCCGCGGUGAUUACGUUUUGUGUGUACAUGAGAGAGAAAUAUGUUCUAAGGAGAAUGUCUUAUGAUAACUACAAGUAAAUUUUAGAAGAGUAACAUUUUUGAAAGUGAGUUUUGUAUAUUAUUAUAUAGACAGGAUUUUAUUGAACUAUCCUAUAUUGACGUCGCCCUCACAGUGCAAAUAAUCAUCCACGGUAAUUCAAUUUUGUGAGUACUUGAUCGACAGUUCAUUCGUGAUUUGAUACCCUCCACAAAGAGGUGAUACUCACCCCUUGCCGUUACGUAGGUUAAUAAACAGUGUUUUAGGAAAUUGUGCCAGUAGAAAUUUAACUAACAAGUGAAAGUGUGAGAUUUGGAUGGAUUAUGUUUUCUUUCGUAGAUCAUACAAGUGGAUGAAAUCAUCAAUUAUAGCCUCUUCGUGCGGAGAUUAUAGAAUUCCGUCCUUAAUUGGAAGUAGAAGAUUAUAAUUCUACAUAAACUCUCCUCAUUUUAAGGACUUUAUUCCUGAGAUCCUAGUGCUUUGAAACCCUGUUGAGCAAGCUCUGAUUGACUGUCCAACUCAGACCUUGGAAUUGUGAGAUAAGACAUGUAAACAUUUGAAAAUAUAUCAAUUUUCACAUUGUUGGAAUGAGUAAUGGUUAUCUACAGAGGUAGAAGAGGAGGACGGUUAUCGAGUGGAAAAUAGGACUAAAUCUUCAUCAUCAAGUACAAUAAUUAUGCAAUUAUAUGUUAAGAAUCUACAAAAAGGAUCUACAGGAAAAACUUUUUUUGAGCACCUGUAACUCAAUUUUCCAAUGUGAUGAGGACAAUCUAAUGAUCCACGAGAAGAAACCUCUUGACUAAUACUUUGUUGAAGGACUCACUAUGUCGUUACUUUGAUAUCUUUUGAAUUUAUUCCACUAGGACUGUGUUUACGGACGGCAUUAAUAGUGAUGAUUGAUGGAUUUCCAUGUGUAGAGGGUACAAAAAGUGGUACCACUUGAUUUUCAUUAACUGGACUGCUCAAUUCAUAAAUCCAUAGGCAAGAACUCGAUAUAAAAAGGAAAUGAACAGGGUUAGUGAAGAGAAACUAUGAAUGGAAAACAAAAAAUACCUAAAUCGUGGAAUAGGAUACUACGGAUUCAAAACUGUCAACGUAUAUCUCGAUAGAACUCAAAAUCUGGUUUGAAUUUGAUUUACCAAAAACGUUCACAAGUUAAUGAAGAGAAAAUGGAAUAGAUUGAUCAUUCUUGUGAUUGUCAAUCCAGAACUAUGAUAAAAUACUUGAAAAAUAUGAGAAUAGAUGUUAUAUCUAUUGGAAAGUUAUCACCUAGCAUACAAGCUCAGUGUUCCGCAGUUUACAAGCACAAAUCAUUGAUCACUAAUGUCGGAACUCAUGUUUUAGACAUGGUAUGUUCAGGCAGUGUUUGAACGUUCAAGUUGUGACAUUUUUGAGGUGACAAAGUGUAUUCUUCAAAGCAGAGUUUGAAAUUUUUCCUGGACCAGCAAAUCAGGCAGUUCGCGAUGCUUUACGAUCGCAUGAACAAAAUGAUAACAGAAGUGGGCCCGGCCACCAAAUGCGGGGGCGACAAAGUUGGAGGCGGCGGAGGCGGAGUGGGAGGCGGUGUCGGGGGCGGCGGAGGUGUGGGGGUGGAGAUGUGUGAGGGAUGUGGCCAUAAGAUCCACGACCGCUGGCUGAUGCGUGUGGCUGACGCGAGCUGGCACGAGCACUGUCUCGCUUGCUGUGUGUGUGGCCUCCUGCUGAACCACUCCUGCUACUACCGUGAUGGCAAGCUGUACUGCAAGCCUGACUAUGAUCGGUUAUUCGGCGCGAAAUGCUCUAGAUGCGGCGACCGACUGCUGGCCCAUGAGAUGGUGAUGCGUGCGCAGGCCUCCACCUUCCACGUGGCGUGCUUCCUGUGCGUAGUCUGCUGCCAGCCGCUGCAGAAAGGCGAGCAGUUUGUACUGCGCAGUGGACAGCUGUUCUGUCGCCAGGACUUCGAGAAGGAGAUGUUCCUAUUGCAGCAGGCUAGUCCUUCCGAUGAAAUGCUAUUAGAGGAGAGCAGGCCGCGAGAUGGAAGGAGAGGCCCGAAAAGACCGAGAACAAUCCUAACUUCAGCUCAAAGACGGCAAUUCAAAGCUUCGUUUGAAGUCAGUCCUAAGCCUUGUCGGAAGGUAAGAGAAGCACUAGCCAAGGAGACGGGGUUGAGCGUUCGAGUGGUCCAAGUGUGGUUUCAAAACCAGCGAGCCAAAAUGAAGAAAAUACAGAGAAAAGCAAAACAAGACUCGGACAAGAACCAGGAUAAAGAUGAGAAGAGAGACAAAAGCAUAAAACAGGAGCCUCUAUCAUCAGAUCAUAAUCAUUAUCUUGGGAUCAAUGGACUGAGUAUGCAUGACUCGUCCGACUCAACCUACCCCUCUUCUAGUCAACCUUUGAACCCCAAUCACCCCUACUCUCCUGACGAUGCCUACCCGGCCCACUCAGGGGAGAGCUUCUGCAGUUCGGACAUAUCCCUGGACGACAGCACCAAUCUGGACGAGGGGGGGUCAGACACCCUCUCCCUGGAGUUGGGUCCUCCCCCAGCCGGCAACCACGGCCCAGAGCCUACAAACCUCUCCCUGCACCCUGCACUGGGCCACAUCAACCCCAUCGACAAGCUCUAUCUCAUGCAGAACUCAUACUUCAACUCGUCUGAACAGUGAGAUUGAAAUAAAAUCGUUGCCAGAAAGCUGCUGUCAAACAAAACGAUUGUGAGGUAUCUGCAGAGACUAUGAAAGUUAUGAACAGUGAACGUUUAUAUUAUACUGAAGGAAAAACUUAUGGUAGAAUGAAAUUUCACAGAACUCCUAAUUCAGAACAGUCCGAACAGUGAGAAAGAAGGAAAAUCAUUGCCAAAUAGCUGCUGUAAAACAAAAUGAUUGAGAGGUAUCUCCAGAAACUAGGAAAGUGAUAAACAGUGAAAGAUUUUACUGUAGGACAAACUUAUAGUAGGACGAGCUCCUAUAGAGCUCCUAAUUCAACUCGUCCGAACAGUAAGAGUGAAAGAAAAUCAUUGCCAGGUAACUGCAGAGACUACGAAAGUUAUGAACAGUGACCGUUUAUAUAAGCUACUGUAGGACAAACUUACAGUAGAACGAACUUUCACAGAACUCUUAAUUCUUAAAUAAUCCGAACAGUGAGAACAGUCAAACGGAUUCAUUGUGAGAUUCCUGCAGAAACUACGAAAGUUUAUGAAUACUGAGCGUUUAUAUAAUGUAGGACAAACUACAGCUCUUAAAGAUCUCCUACUUGCUACUUUAACUCGUUGGAGAAGUGAGAUUUAAACAAAAUUAUCGCGAGGUUUCUGCAGAAACUAUGAAAGUUAUAAACAGUGAGCGUUUAUAUGAACAGUAUAAUAUAACAGUAUACUUUACUCCUACUUCUACUCGUUCGAGCAGUGUCAAACGAAAUCUUUGCGAGGUAUCUACAUAAAAGAGACAAUGGAAGUUAUGAACAGUGGAAAGUGAACGUUUCUGUCACUGUCCUCCUACUAGGAGGACAAACUUGACUCCUACUUCAACUCGUUCGUGUCAAACGAAAUCUUUGCGAGGUAUCUACAUAAAAGAGACAAUGGAAGUUAUGAACAGUGGAGAGUGAACGUUUCUGUCACUGUAGAAUCUUGUGGGAAGGAUAGUGAGUGAUACAGUUCUAUCAGAUCCAAAAUUCCAUGUUCACAUCUUUGACUCCUACUCCAAGACAAUCCUACGCAAGAGAACUCCUACUCCAACUAGUCCGAACAGUGAGAGUCAAACAAAAUCAUUGCCAGGUAUCGGUUGCAGAAACUAGGACAAUAAUUUUAUGAACAAUGAACGUUUUUACAGCAUGAGAAUCUUGCGAGAAAAAGUGAACCAGUUCUAUUUCAUGCGAAAUUCCUUGUUCAAUUCUUUUAGGAAAGUGGAAUGAAUACAGCAAUUGCAAACUACCGGCAAAACUGUGAACAGAGAUUGUUUCCACUGUAGAAACGUGUGAGGUAAAGUGGAACAGUUCUAUUUGAUGAGAAAUUCCUUGUUCAAUUCUUAUAGGAACAGUGAAAGUAGAAUGAAUACAGCAAUAUUUCAAACUACCGGAAAAACUUUGAACAGAGAUUGUUUCCAUCUUGUGAGGAAAAGUGGAACAGUUCUAUUUGAAGAGAAAUUCCUUGUUCAGUUCUCAGGAACAGUGAAUUUAGUGCAAGAAAAUAAUUGCGAGUUAAGAUACUGCGAACAUUGAUCGUUUUUAUUUUAGGAUCUUGUACUGUAAAAACUUUUGAGAAUUAUUGAUUCAGUUUAUAUUUGAUAUGGAAUAUUCUUACUUAAACUUUUAGAACUACUGAAAGUGAAGGAGAAUAUUUGUCCAAAUAGAAUAGAAUAUUAUUCUAGCACACCAUGUAUAUGAAAGAAACAGAUGAAAUUGGCCAAGGGUUAUGAACCUUCAACGGGAAUUGACAUAAAGUGCAAGUGAAUGUAAUUAUGAAAAGUUAAUUUUCAUUGUAGGCCUAUAACUUAAUUUUGUACAGUGUACACGAAUUACUGACAAUGUUUAUGAUUUGAGUGACUUCUUGGGUACAUACAUCGCAUAAUGUGUUUCAAUUUGAAAAUUGUCCCAAUUUUUAUUCUUGAAUAAAUCUUAAUAGUUUCCACAGCUUGUGUGCUAUGUAAAAGCUAGUCAUCUUUGUCUUGAACCAAAAAUAUGUUUUUAGAUAAUUGUAUAAAGAGAACUAUCUAGUCACCCUCCUGAUAAAAAGAUGACAUUACAUAAGAAACUUACUUAUUAUUUGCAAGAUUACGUCAAAACAGUAAUAUGAUUUGAAUACAAAUUUGUUCAAGCUACAGAACUGAUUCACCAACUGAAUUGAAUUGACAUUUAUUUUCUCUUAUUGGGAAAUUCUCACUCUUAUUUUAUCAGUGAUGGGAGCCUCAAGAAAAAAUUCGGCAACCGUUUUACAACUUAUCCAUGAGCCUAUGUCACAUAAGCAAGAAUAAUAAUUUUAUCAGAUUGAAACUCGUAUUGUUUCAUAGACUACCGUAAUAUAAUUUUAGUAUUAAGUAUUUAUUUAUAACUGAUAUUUGAAUUUUCACUCUUUUGUUUACGGUACAUUAAAGAAAAAUAUGGUGCUAUAUGUUAUAUUUUAGCUUUAUUCCUUGAAUAUUUUGAUGCUGUAUACUUUUAUUAUGUAUUUUAUUUUUAGAUUAUUCUCAAAACCAAAGAAGAGAAGUCACAACUUGAGUUGAAUUUAUUUUUUUGUAAAUACAAUUUUUUUAAUAAGGCUUACCUCAAAUUAAAAACCUAGCAUAGUUAGUAAAUAAGGUGAUUUUUUAUAAGAGCUUUUAUUGUGAUAUAGAUCAUAAAUUUUAUCCGAGUGUAUAUUAAAUGAUAACUUCUAGUCUGUAAAAAUUACCAUACUAUUGCUGGACAGAUAAGUCAGCUUAUUUAUGUCAUUAGAACAUUAGAAAAUGUUUUUUGUCAAGUAUUUUAAAAUGUCUAGCUCUAAAAA